GUUUCGCUGUGAUGGAAUUUGGAAACAAGAAUUGACAUUUCACUUUGACAAUUUGCUUUGUUUAUUUUUAAAUAAAAUAACAAACCCAAUUUGACAAUCCAUUUGUGAUGAGUUGCUAUAUUGUUUCAGUUUAAAAUAACAAUAUGAAUUACCUCAUCAAACUGGCUAUUUGUUCUUUCAUACUAGGAUGUAAACUAAUUGAAGGAACUUCACAAACAAUAAUUGAUAUAUCCUCGUACGAUCCAAACGAUGAGAAUACUCACACUUUUUAUUCUUUCAUCCAGUUGUUGGGUGGAAAUGGAACUGAAGUUGUUGUGAAAACGAAUUCUACAUAUCAAACUGGCUUCUAUAUUGUUCAGGCUCAUUCUCAACGUUUCAAUAUUUCACUAUCAAAUAACGUUGAUGUGACCCAGAAGGUUGAUGGAUAUAAUGUUGGUCUCGUCAAAGCUUUUCAGGGUGCUUUUGAAGACUCGUUCUCAAUUCAGAAAUUGACAGAUAAUGACUCGGUUAUUAUUGAUUCAACAAUUCUGAUAGCUGUUGCUGUUUAUGAUGAAAAAGCACCAAUUCCUGGUGGAUGUAUGACAAAAAACAAUGCCAGUCCAAUUUUGAAAGUCUCUAAUAGUCCAGAUAUCAUAACUGUUAAGGCAAUGGCUCCAUCUUCAAACAAUCAUACAUGUAACGAUAGUCAACAUGAAGUUAGGAUGGAAAUUUAUCACAAGUAUUUGACGAGUCAGAUUUUCAGCUCUUCUGAGUAUUAUGAGGGCAUAAUCAGUAUGCUGAGGGUUGAUAAGAUUAAAGCUCAUAGUAAACUAGUUGCUACUCUUGAUAGUUAUAGCAGUAUCGAGGAAUUAUUUAGUUCGUAUAUUGGGACGGGGGAGGUAUUUGCUGUUUUAGUUUACAACAACGAAAAAGUUUCAGCUUAUGUUCCCGCUGUCUCCUAUGGUGAAGAUGUCAACUAUCUUAUCGAUAAGGAGAAUGAAGGUACAAGUGGCCAGGAUGUUUUCGUUGUACUGUUCAGUAUACUACCGUUCGUGGCCCUUGUUAUUAUAUACAGGGGUCACGCAUUGUUCCACUUCACCACGUUUUCACUUGGUCUGUCAUGUGGUACAAUAAUCUCUUUCGUUGUUUUGAGUAAAGAGGGCGCUACGACAGUCGAUCAUACAUUCUUUUUGUCCCUCUUGUUCGGACUCCUUUACGGUUCAAUAUGGCUGGGAGUAUGGUACAAGUUUGGAAUACCCUUGUUGUCCGCCACCUUAGCAUUCUUGCACGCUGGUGCGCUGUUCACAUCUAUAAUUUAUCAUUUUGGAGUUGCCGAUGACGUGAAUUUCCAUAACAAUGCCAUCUACUGGACGAUCUUUUUCGGCAUAGUGUUCAUGUGUUGGUUCACUCUGUCCAUGUUCACCAUGCACGGUCACAUUUUGUCUUGCUGCUUCUUGGGCUCGUACAUUUUGAUGAUAACGACCCUCAAUUAUUGGCUUGGGGGAAAUCUACAAUAUAUCAUGAUCAACGUCUACAGAAGAAUGUUCGUGCCCAACUUCAAUGUUGCCAUAAUCCAACCUCCAUUCCAAGUAUCAGACCACCUCAUCGCUCUCCUUGGUAUCCUGUUUCUACUUCAUGGUUUUCGAAAACAAGUGAAGCAUCAGCGUGGCAAACCUCCCUUCCCACCGCACAAUUCUUUCCGACCAGACGAAGAAAGGUCACCCCUGUUGGGUCAUUUUUGAAGGUAUUCUUUGCGUGAUAUACUCCAGACUGCGAUAAAAUAGAUAGUUUUAGUUUGACCUGUUAAUGAAUUAGUUCGUUAACUUCUAUGCAGCUUUUGAACCCUUUAUGUUUUAUCGAAUAUUGAAAUGAAUAAAAAUAAAGUUGAUGA